UUACAUAUAUAAUGAUAGAAAGAAUCGUUCAGUAGGCUAAUCUUGACAGUUUCCAUUUUCGAUUGAGAAAGCGGCAGGCCCAAAGAGCUCUACAGUAGUGCCUCCUUGCUUGGUCUCAAUAAUUUGGCUUUUACACGGGAACGAAGACUUUCUAGAACAAAUAUUAAACCUUCACUCUUUGCCAAGAUAGUACGAAUUAAGUUCUUAGUGCUACCUAGCCCCGUCUAGAUGGAAAAUCUCUGAUAUAAGCAGUCGCUUCGCUCGAGUGACUACGUACCUGUCCCUUCGACAUAGAUGAUUGGACUGUCUUUCUUUGGCCUAUAAGAAUGGCACUUUUCUUGGUCGGUUCGAAUCCGGCCCAGUCCUAGGUACGCAUGUAACAGACGUUCGUAUGAACUAGUCUUUUGAUCAAUAGAACAGGAAGAGGAGUAGUACAAAAAAAACAAAAAGUCAUGACCACAAAGAUAAUGCAUAUAUUAUUUUAUUUAAUAUAUGGCCCAUUUUUUAAUCUAUUUGUUUUUUUUUCGUCUUUCGUGUGCUUUUUAUCAAUAAGUCUGGCUCUUGGGAAUCUUUUGAUUUUUCAAGCUGUCCAAGCAUACAAUUCCGCUUUAGGCUUGCCAGUUGAAUUCCGGGCUUCCUGGAAUUCAAUUUAUGUGAAAGGACUGUAUCCCGGCAACUGGGCCCCCCCACAAUCGGUUCCUGACAUACCCCAAACUCAAUUAUUAUUAAAAAUGUCGGAGAACUCUUAUCUGAUAGUAUUUGUGACUUUUUUUAUCAUUUCCCUUCUGAGUUGUUCAGUAGUUUUUUUAGUCAGACUUCUAGAACAAAAAUCAAUCUGACUAAGGAAGAAGAAGCUAAAAUUUGCUUUUUGGGGAUAAUUUCUUUUCCCGUGACCUGCUUACUUUCUCUAUUUUUCCUAUCUUAUGGAGGGCUGGCUCUAAAUAAUGAGCUGAACAUUAUUUCUUGCUUUUGCCAGAAUAUGAGCUCAGGGCUUGCAAUGGCGUUUGAAAGUGGUCAUGAGAGGGUACACUUAACAGUCAGUCUACCACCCCCCUCUGACCUAGCGUGAAGGUAGCUUGUCUCGCCCAGGAGGUGGGAACAGUUGAAAACAAAGUGGCGAAUGGGUGAGAGGGCCUUCGAUUUGGAUUCUUUUUCUUGAGGGGGAUUCUGUUUGUCAGAAAUCACUGUCUGUCUGGUCUGCAUUUAAAAAGUGUUAAGUGGACAAUUCCAUCUCUUGAUAUGGAGGUUUUAGGUCUCUGGAAGGGAAGGGCCUUCGUUCUUUCUGUUAGUUUUCGUUUGUGAAUCUUUCUCCCAUGCAUAAUUUGUUGGUCAACAACCACAACUCAAUAGAAUGAAUUCUUUAAGACUCCGGACUCUCUUUCUGUCCGGAGGGAAUCAUUGUUUCUCAAUCAAUCAUGCCUCAACUGGAUAAAUUCACUUAUUUCACACAAUUCUUCUGGUCAUGCCUUUUCCUCUUUACUUUCUAUAUUCCCAUAUGCAAUGAUGGAGAUGGAGUACUUGGGAUCAGCAGAAUUCUAAAACUACGGAACCAACUGGUUUCAAACCGGGGGAACAAAAUCCGGAGCAACGACCCCAACAGUUUGGAAGAUAUCUUUAGAAAAGGUUUUAGCACCGGUGUAUCCUAUAUGUACUCUAGUUUAUUCGAAGUAUCCCAAUGGUGUAACGCCGUCGACUUAUUGGGAAAUAGGAGGAAAAUAACUUUUAUCUCUUGUUUCGAAGAAAUAAGUGGCUCACGAGGAAUGGAAAGAAACAUCUUAUAUUUGAUCUCGAAGUCCUCAUAUGGCGCUUCUUCUUCAAAUCCUGGAUGGGUGAUCACUUGUAGGAAUGACAUAAUGCUAAUCCAUGUUCCACACGGCCAAGGAAGAAUCAAAAAAUAAGAAAGGUAUUGCUUUUUUUAUAAUAGUUGCUCGUUCGUUCAUAAAUUCACUCGACCACUUGUUAGUCUUGCUACACGACACGAGUCUAGGGUGAAGUUGAAGCAGACACGGUCAAGUAAAGUCGGCUUCACAAGUGAUUCAACAUACCAUAUAUAUGGAUGGAAAUAAAAAAGGAGAGAAGGGUCUUGCCCAGGUGGCUCCCGCAAGGUAACGACUUCAAACUCAAACAAAGAACGUUCUUCUCCAAGGCAUGAGUCAAAGAAAAUGUUGUAUGUAUUGCAAGACCCGUCGAUAAGCUAAGGCUACGACAUGAAGGAAGGCCAGAAGAACUACAGAACCACGCCCACCAGAGCUAAAGGAGACCGAAGGGACUUGCGGGAGGUGAAGGUCGCUGGCUUGCCCGUGGGCCGUGGUAUCUGACGGGACAUUGGCCUCCCUCCCGCUACGGCUCGCUGUACGUUCCUUUAGCUAUAGGCGUGUCCAAUCCGAGAAUAGUCCGUUCCACAUAGUGCAAGGAAGCUCAGUGGGGUUUCAUACGAGGGUCCUGCGUACUGUGCCACCGUCCAACCAGUACAGUACGACCAUUUCAAAUCGCCCCGCGAAGCUUUCGGGAAGAGGGGUAGUCUUGCGUUCAGAAAGAAAGGUUAUCGAGAUUAUCAAUAGCUCUUUUAGUGGGGAGGAAUAGUGCUGGAAGGGAGCGAGACCAAGCCGAGCCACUAGGAGAGUAAGCCCUUCCCACGUGUAAAGUUAAAUAAAAGAAUGCAGCCUCAACCAGAGAGAUAAACCUGCGCCGGCGGCGGCGCAGAACGCACUAAUCCGCGACUAGCAAGUUUUCCUAAACCAAACUUAAUAAAUUGAAUUGUUACUUUUUUAAAAUGCUUGCUGAAAAUAAAAUAAAAGAAAGA